AAAGGUUUUCAUUGAAUUACAGACAUAUUAUUUUGUUUAGCAGAUAUAACAUCAUUGAUUUUCUUAUAUUUUUAGUUAAAGUUUCUUUAGAUUUGAUUUAUUGGCAAGAAACGUGAAGUUGACUAAUGUGUUUUGUUUCUUAAGAGUAUGAAAAUAUGUUUUGUUAGGGAUACUCAUUUAAUUUAUCUUAUAUUACAUUUAAAAAAAAAAAAAAAAAAAAAAAAAAAAAGAAGGAAUCGUGGUAAUUUCUAGUAUUCUGUUUAGACUAAAAGUUAAAAAGUGAAAUAUCAGAGAAAAUGUCAUCUCUAGGACCUGUGGAAUGUGAUUUGAUCUGUCUUUUAUAAAAUAGAGGGUGUUAUUAUAUAUCACAUGUAUCUCAUAUGUUAUUGGUUAUUUUUGUUAGUAUUUUAAUAUCUUAAUUCAGUUGGUCUUAGUAUAUUUGAUUACUUUGGAGUAGGCAAAGAAAACCAACUGGGAUGUGAUUGCUCAUAUUAUAUAUGUUAAUAUAUGAUUAUAAAUGAAAUGAAAGCAUUGGGAUUGCAUACAUGAGUUGGGUGUUUUAAAUGGAAAAAAAGAAAAUUGAAGUUCCUACUGCCAUGUGGUCAGGAACUAUGCAAGCACUCAGAUAUUUUUGUAAAUGUGUGUAUAUAUAUAUGUGUGUGUGUGAAUAAAAUAAACUAAUAAAUGAGGCUUAAGUUUAAGGUUAUUUGCAAUGAGUUCUUAUUUAUUUUCUUCUUGUUUUACAACAAUUUGGAUUUUAAGAUUGUGACAUCUAUUGUAUAAGAUUUUUUUUUUUUUUGGAAGUUAAUUGACUACCUGGACUGUUUUCUAUUCUAGUUUAUUUGUAUGUGAGAUCAAGUAGUCUAUAAGAUUGUUAUACCCCAUUUACUAAAACUGAUUGUUUUUAUUUUUAUUUUUAUUUUUUAUGUUAACUGUUGGACUGUUUUGAGUUUUCUAUAGGGCAUAACUUUUGUUUAUAAUGUUCUGAUCAAUUAUUAUUCUCUUCAGAAUGGAACAAAAGAAGAGAAAUCCGCUAUCACUUCGUAAGCUACGCAGGUACAUCAAACUCACCGUUGAGAUGGAACGUUUGAAGGGGUUAAAGAAAGCCUUUGAGAACAAGGAGAAGAUGGCCAAUUUGGAAUUGGCGAUUGUUCUCACCAAUGAGAUGAAGGAUUUGAAGGGGCUCAGGGAUGUGUUUGAGGUCAACGAGGCGAGGGUCCGUCUAGAAUUGGCGAGAGCUCGGGUUGAUUUGAAAGCGUGUAAGGAAAAAAUCAGAGAAAGUAAGGGGAAACUUUCAGAUAUGGAGCACCUUUUCCAGGGGAUGGACACCAUCUCUGUUUCAACAGAAGAAGAGUUGGUGUCUGCCUCUAAACUGAUCCACACGAGGGGUGUGGGAGGUGGGAAGAUGCAAGCUGAGAUUGUUUACGCUCCGAAUCUGACAUUUGCUGCGCACUCAAAACUCAAAAGAUUUCUCCUCAGAAAAGAAGAUUCCCAUUCAUGAGUAUAAAGCGCGACGCUGAAGAUGGAUUGCUUGGAUGUAAACACUUUUUGUAGUCUCUGUUGAUCUUGUGGAUAUAAACACUUUUUGUAGUCUCUGUUGAUCUUGUAAACUCUUUAAUGUCUGGUAUGGAACUCCGAAAAAUGUUAAAAACAGGUGGCAUGCCCUAUAAUUUGAGGGCUGUCGAAGGGAGUGGGACACCCUUCAUGAGAGAGGGUCUUUUUUUAGUUUUAUGAAAAUAAUAAGGGCUGUAGUCA